AUGAACGACUCCGAGCAGCAGCGCGAGAAUAAAAAAAUGCGCGCGUUCGUCCGCACCUGGCGCGAGUCUCGCGACCACGCGUUCGAGCUUUUCGACGUCGUCCUCGACGUCGUUUCCCGAGUGCCGAUGUUGAAAGAGAAACGUUUGUACCCUCCUUCGUCCGAGGAGGAGGAGGAAGAAGAAGAAGAAGAGUGCGAUGACGAUGAGAAUAACGGUGAGAAUGAGAGUGUGGUGAAUAUUGAGAAAGAAAAACGGACGCAUCGACGACGCGUUGCGGGAUCCAACUCGGUGCAUAAAGAGACGGUCGCGAAACAGAUGGAACAGUUAGGAGUGAUUCUGGAAAAGUUAGACCGAGAGCGAGAUCGAAUGAAACAGUUCGUGGACGAGAUGGAAAAAGUAGUCAGUCGAGGAAAUCGAGAACAAACGCAAUCGAGAAAAACGGGAGGAGGCUUUGAUGAGAAAUCACAAGCAUCGUCGCACAUGUUUGAGUCGAUGGAAAGGAUAGAAGCGUCGUGGCGGUUUUACGGGGAAGAAACGAGCGCGUGCGAGGCGCUUUUCGGGUUGUGCAGAGAGGCGGCGGAAGAGGCGGCGGAGGAGAAGAAGAAGAAGAAGAACGAUGGUGGCGAGGCGAGUGACGGAGGAGAGAUGGUGAGGAGCGCGCGGGCUUUUUUAGAGGUGAGGAGGAAAGUAGAUUUAGAGCGGCGGUGGAUAGUUUAG